GCCAGUGCGCCCGUUGGCACGGGCGAGAUUGAAAGUGACACGCUCUGAUUACAACCUAAUCAUUUAGCUCCGACAGAACUUUCUUUAUCGGCACAACACUGCCCGCUUCUCAGUCCCGAUUUGGUUUUACGCGCCGGUUUUUCACUUUUGUUUGGUAUAGUUCUCGCCACGGUUCCGUUCUACUCAGAACAGCUUUGUUUCCACAGACGAUGAGACCAUAAGCUCCACGGGAAAGAAGACUCGGUGAUAAGAAGGAAAAGUUGCGCGUAAAGUUACUCAGGACACAUCACGGGACACUCUUAGUUUACCAUCGGCGGUGCAUCCCACCUCAACCUCCAGCUGUCCGCCCACUUCACUGCAUUACGCGCGGUAGAUCAGCUGUAGAAGCUAGAGCAACAGGGGUCCCGGAGUAUCCUGGGUGAGUGUCUUGAAAGUCCGGGAGUUCCAAAGCCCCAAAGAAGCUUCCAGCCCUGGAUUCAUUACUGUUGAUCAAUGGACAGAGCUUCCUCAGCGGUCAGCAGCGACACACUCACGCCGUAAACAGCUCGUUCUCUUUGGCGGGGGCUCCGUUGGAGUUGUGGAGGAGCAUGGAGCAGGGAGGGGAGAGUCCUGUGGCCCAGGACAGUCCCGAGCGCAGGGGGAGCAGUCCGGACCUCAGUGACUUGCCUCCACCAGGGAAGAAGGGACGACUGGAGCUGAACGGCAGUCCCACCGGGCCCCGGAUUAUCAGGCACAACGGGGCUCCACAGAGACCCCUGGGAGGUCUGAUGAUCCCAGUGUUCUGUGUGGUGGAGCAGUGUGAUGGAGGGAUGCAAACAGAGGGCUGUGAAAGCAGAGAAGAGCAUGCAGAGUUUGUACUGGUCAGAAAAGACAUCCUAUUCUCUCAGCUGGUGGAGACUGCAUUGCUCGCCCUGGGCUACUCUCACAGCUCUGCAGCCCAGGCUCAUGGUAUCAUCAAAGUAGGAAGGUGGAACCCUCUGCCCAUCCACUUUCUGACCGACGCCCCAGAGGCCACUGUUGCUGACAUGUUACUGGAGGUCUACCACAUGGUCACACUGCGCAUCCAACUGCAGAGUUUUUCAAAGUUGGAGGACCUUCCGUGUGAACAGUGGAAUCAUGCCACUGUCAGAAACGCUCUCAAGGAGCUUCUGAAAGAAAUGAACCAAAGCAGCCUGGCCAAAGCCUGUCCCCUCUCACAGAGUAUGAUAUCCUCCAUAGUCAACAGUUCCUACUAUGCCAAUGUCUCGAUAGCCAAAUGUCAAGAGUUUGGUCGCUGGUACAAGAAAUUCAAAAAAAUUAAAGUGGAUUAUCUGGAGAAGAUGUGGUCUGGGCGUGAGCAUGCUGACAUCAAAAUUGAGAGAGAUAGUGUAGCAGACUUCUGUGUGGUGGGACAGCGGCCCCCUCCUCACCUGGCUGGCCUGGCUCAGCUCGGACACUUGGGAGCAGGGAGUCCUCUGCUCAAAGGAGGAUCAGAGGUACAGAGCCCCACACAACCACAACCUCCUGCCCCCCCUCCUCAGCAGCCUUCUCCCCAUGGGCCGCUGCACCACGGUGGGCCUCUGCGCUCAGGACAGGUGCCUCCUCCUCCCCCUCCUCCUGGAGCCCUGCAGCCCCUGCUGGGCCCAGGUGGGCUCCUGUCCCCCCAGCUCUCCCCUCAGCUGGUGCGGCAGCAGCUCGCCAUGGCACAUCUCAUCAACCAGCAACUGGCCGUGAGCCGCCUGCUCGCCCAUCAGCACCCUCAGGCCAUCAACCAACAGUUCCUCAACCACCCACCCAUUCCCCGAGGCUCCGCAAAGACAUCGGGUGACCACCUGGGCAGUAACCCCUCCGCCUCAGAGGUGUCCGCCGAUAUCUACCAGCAAGUCCGGGAUGAGCUGAAGAGGGCCAGUGUGUCCCAAGCAGUGUUCGCACGUGUGGCUUUCAACCGGACACAGGGCCUGUUAUCAGAAAUCCUCAGAAAAGAAGAGGACCCCCGCACGGCCUCACAGUCUCUGCUGGUGAAUCUCAAAGCCAUGCAGAACUUCCUGAACCUGCCUGAGGGCGAGCGAGACCGCAUCUACCAGGAGGAGAGAGAGAGGACCAUGAACCCCUCAGUGGGACUGCCUGCCUCCAACUCAAACUCAACUGGGCCAAGAAUGUCACAGAAAGUGUGGGAGAGGAGCUUGGACGACCAGAUAAACCCUGAUACCUGGGCCUCCAUUUGGAAGAACAAGACUAAGAUAUCCAACUCGCCAAAGCAGCCUGGCUCAGGAUCAGACCUGCCCAUAAAGCUCGAGUCUUUGGUCAACAUUACCUCAGGCAUCUAUGAGGAGAUUCAGCAGGAGAUGAAGAGGGCCAAGGUGUCUCAAGCACUCUUCGCAAAAGUGGCCGCCAACAAGAGUCAGGGCUGGCUGUGUGAGCUGCUGAGGUGGAAGGAAAAUCCCAGCCCAGAGAACAGGACUCUAUGGGAGAAUCUGUGCACCAUCCGCAGGUUCCUCACUCUGCCCCAGCCUGACCGCGACCUGGCCUAUGAGGAGGAGUCCCGCCACCAGCACUCCGAGAGGCUGCACACGGUACUGCACCUGCCCCAAGACCCACAGGCCCUGCACCGGCCGCCCCCUGCCCCUCUGAAGGAGCACUGCCUGUCCCCCAUGCGAGAGGAGCCCCUCUCUGCUCCUGUUAGCGACGAAGGGACACAGACAACAGUCACAGCACCACCGACCAACACAGGCGGCAAUGCAGGAAGUAACAAGAAGCCCAGGUCACGCACUAAGAUUUCUCUCGAAGCCUUGGGGAUUCUGCAGAGCUUCAUCCAGGACGUGGGUUUGUAUCCAGACCAGGAGGCCAUCCACACUUUGUCCGCUCAACUGGACCUUCCCAAGCACACCAUCAUCAAGUUCUUCCAAAACCAGAGGUACCAUGUCAAGCACCACGGUCGUCUCAAGGACCUGGGCGAAGGCGCUGCCAGCGGGGGAGUAGAUGUUAGCGAAUACCGGGAGGAGGAGCUGCUCUCUGGUUCAGAAGAUCCAGAGUCCAGUGAAGAUGGAGCAGAGGAGAUGUACCAGUCCAAUGACGCAAAUGGUGGGAGUGCGGGAGGAGCACCAGCCUCAGCCAGCACCAACUCGAGUCAGUCAUCCAGUGGAGCACAAGAGGAGAGCAAGGACCAGGGGCGACCAGGAGCAGCCAUGGGUCCAAGCAGCUCUUCAUCUAGUCCCAGAGAGCAAGGUGGCUCAGAGUCACCAACUGUUUUACAAAACCGAUCUCAUCCACAAGUACAGGAAGCAAAUCGGUAUCCACAGUUAUCCCCAUGUCAAAUGAGGACCCGCUCCGAGCCCUUAGUAUAAAUUCCCAAUCAUCUCAUUGAAAGAGCUUUAUUUGUUUUGUCUUAAAUCUGUCUUAAAGGCAGACAUCAUGACUGUUCAUUGUGGUAAGAGUCAAGUGCUGUACGGACCCCAGAUUAGACCAAGCACAUUGCACAACCAUUUCAGCACUUCACUUUGUUGCAGUCUUUUGUAUUUCAUUUACAAACAGAUGGGGACUAGAUGGUCAGGGGCACAGUACUGUACAGUGUCUACACUACCCUUCUAAUUUAUAAUAACUCUGAACUAGGGACUAAAAAGGGAAACACUGCAAAAAUAACUGAAAUCCUUUUUGAUAGUUACCAAAGCAAAUCAUUUGCCUUUUAACGGUGAUUUGCAUUAAAGUGGCAUAUAUUUAGUCCUACCUUGCGCAACCUCCUAUCUCCAUUUAUCCAGGCUUGGGACUAGAAAGAUCUCAUACACUACAGUAAAUUAGAAAUAGGUCCAAAAGUAUCUAGAAUAAAAUGGUCUGUGAAUACAUGAAAUUGAACUGUGGUGUUGUCAAUACCUCAGAAGAGUUCAGCAGGUUUUGGAGGUUGUAACUGUGAGUUUAGACAACCGCUGCUCAAAAACUGACGCUGACAACUCUCCAGGCACUCCAACUCUACUGCAGCAUGACACUAGAUUUGGCCAAUCAUCUCAAGUGUGCACCUCACAUGGGACACUUCACUAUGCUUCAAGACUUAACUGGAUUGUGGGACCAAAUAUUUGUAUCCUUGGGAGAAGUGGAAAUUGACUGUCCAGAAAUCACUACUCCAACAUUCUUACAGUCUCACUUCACAAACUGUUAAUCAAGCAUUUCGGGAUGAUACCCACUGAGUCAUUAGAGAGGAUUAAGACUCCUCUCUCUAUAUAAAAAACGUAAAUGUUAAAAUAUGAGUUGGGCAUUGGACUUGAUAUUGUUUUUAGUAAUGUUGCCACCAGACCAGAGGCACUGCGAAGAGAAACUAUGAUGGACUGAACAAAGGACCAGAAGACAAUCAAGUCACUUUAUGUGCUAAACGCUUCACUAUCCUUGACACUAAAUGUUGUCCAGUCUUGUGUCUCACCUACACACUCUUAAACUUCACCUAUUUAUUGCUAUCCAUGAAUAUUAUGAUUGUUAUAUUGUUGAUGUAUUGUUAUGAUUAAUGUCAUUUCGUAUUAUGUUUUAUUUCUAUGGUCGGUUCAGUUAGACCAAUGAGAGUUAAAUGGACUGAAGCAGUUACUGACCUAUUAUUGCAUUUUUAUCAUUUUGGUUAAGACUUUUAAAAAACUGAGCAUCUGAUGCCGACAAUGACAAUCUACUCUUUGAGCCAUCCAUGAAAUGUGGCAGGUUGGACUUCACAUUAAAAUGUAUGUAAAUAUCUAUAAUGGGAUUUAUUGUUUAUACAUUUUGCUCCGUGAAGUGUUUGAGCCAGUGAGAGUGCUGUUGAUUUUGUUUCUCUUUUUUGACAGCUCAGUGGAAGAUGAGGCAUACCAAAUCCAAUCAUGAGUGUUUAAAAGUAGUACAAACUGCUUACUGACUUAGUGUAUAUCUAUGUACCAAACAAUAUCUGACAUUGGGUAGUCAUUUUGUCAUGCUAUCCUGAUCGGCUGCUACACAUAAAAACCUGCUUUUGAAUAAAUCAGUCAGAUCACACCAUACAACGUUAUCAUCUCCAAGACAGGAAUCAGGGUUAAAUGCAAUUCCAAUGAA